AUGCCAGUUAUCGAGGGUAUUGGCGAUGAGGUCAUACAAUGUUUCUCCGUAGUAUUACUAGUGUUGGCAGUGGUGAUAUUGUGGUCAACUAAGAGAAGAGAAAACCAAAAUUUAAUCCUAACCUUAGAGCACACGGUACGGAACAGAAUAGAUGAAGCCAUCACUGCUGCAACAUCGCUUCCGGAAAUUAUCACGAACCAAGAUGCCUCUAAUGGUAUGGAGAAUGUAUUUAUGAACCACGACUGGCUAGAAAAUGAAAGUGAGUCUGCUUUCGCGAGAGAUGGAGUCAUUACCUGUUCUAACAUAGAAGGUUCAGAAUUACUUCCUGUGGAAAGAUCAUUGACAACUGACACUCAACCAGGUCCAUCUUCCAAAGAACAGAUUCCAAGGAAGAAAAAAGACCAAUUCUUGAUAGUUCAAUCCAGAACCCCAUCAAUGCCAGAAAUCACGAGAAAUAUGCCAGAGUUGGCGCGGGGAAAACGGGUUAGAUUGAUCUUCAACGGCCGCAUUCUGGAUCGCGACCAUGAGACGUUGCAGGAAUAUGGGUUGUACGAGAACUGUGUGGUCCACUGUCUGGUUGAUAACAAUUGCACACUCAUUACCCCCAACACUGCCUCCAGCUACCACCAGUCCCUUGACUUGAGCCUCAGUUCAAUCCUAUACAGUCUCCUCUUCCUCCUCCUGACUCUCCUCUGGUUCUGCCGCUUCCAGUACUCUCAUCUCUUCACACUCUUUGCCACUGUGUCACUGAUAGAUCUCACAGCAUUAUUUGCUGUGUACAUGUUCCUUCUGUACCUUCCCAGUCGCAACUAA